CAUGGGAUAUUUUUCGUUUGAGCCGUUGGCGACAGUGAGCUGGCGGGAAUGUGUUUUUGUUUCAGUCGUGGUCUAUUCAAAGUAAUCGGUAAUUAUGGAAUCAGAAGCAAGUGAGUCACAGGCAUCUGUGUAUACAGAGAUGGGCAUUGGUAUUGGACCUGGAGAUGAAUUUGGACUGAAUGAAGUUCAUGCUUAUUUGACAGACAAACUUAAGAGGCUUAGUGUUGUUAUUGAUAAGUAUCAUUCCUCAGAAGACAAUAACCCUGUGCCCCAAGUGAGAGGGGAUCUUCAGCAACUUUUGAAAUAUAAAAUAUCAUUUGUGAGUUGUCUGUCACAACAGUUAAGACGUUUGCAUCCACAGGAAUGGGUACGAUUCUCUGCACAUGUACAGCUGGAUGUAAUUGCAGGCUUGAAGAAGGAGGUACAAGACUUAAAAUCUUUAUUAAGUGUAUGUGAGAAGCAACUCCAUGAAGACAAAAAUGAGCUUGCAGAUUUAGAAGAGAAGAUUAAACAUUUGGAUGAAAUGUAUGUGGAGAGGCAGAGAAAUCCAGAAGUCUAUGAGAUGGAUUCACUGCUGCCAGUGCAGAAGAGUCUUUCAGUGGAAUUCAAUAAACACAGGAGAGAGCUGAAUGACAUGAUAGAAAAGAUCUUCCCAGGUGAUAACAAUUACCUGGUGGAUUUUCUUCAGGUUCUGACCAAGGCAUAUUUUGAUGAUGAGAGUAGUGACCCAUAUGUCAAUCUAGAAGAUCAGUACCACUGCCUUGAAAUGCUUCUGGAAGCUGACAUCAUCACUCGACAUCCACAUGAUUUUAACAAGUUUCGGCUUACAAACUUCCUUCAGUAAGAAACUUGUCACCUUUCAGCUGACAUUUAGUAAUAGAAAUGCAAAGGAUGUUCUGCAGUUUUGCAUGAAUUUUGACACUACUUAUGUUUAGAUGCAGAAUAACUCAUACAUUAUUGUCAUGGUGCAGAUUUAUUUCUCUUCUAAAGUUCAGUUUUCUUAGUGUAAUGUCACUGAAUGAGUUUGUUUUUAUAGUUUCAUUUCACACACUUUUGUUAUAUAUUUUCUGGUACACAUUAAUUAAAAAUUCCAGUAAGCCUUUUGUUAUGGAUGAAUGUAUGUCAUUAUUGUUUGUUUCCAUUGUGUUCUGUAAAAUUUAAUUUGCUACAUGGUAUUGUAUAUUAUGUCUCAUUUAUUUCUACAGUUCAAGACUGAAGUGAUAAAGCAGCUAGUAAUUUGUGAAUUAGACCUGUGGAUAGUGAUAAAACACAUUUUCCUUACAGUUCUUGAGGUCUUUGUAUAAUAAAAUGGGGCUGAGUAAUAGUA